GAAAACAACCCGGAAGUCGUGUGCUUGCUGUCAAUGCCAACGGUAGAGAGGAGGCACUGAAAGCUAAAAUCCCGCAUUUAAGACAAGAUGGCAGGACUGCCCCGCAGGAUCAUUAAGGUAUUUGUCCAACACUCUUAAUGGCACAAUAUGUAAAUGUUUUGAAUCGGCUAUAACGCCACACGCCCGAUUAAAAACUACAAAUGCUUCGCCCGGUCAUCAGCUCUGUGUGCUAGCUAGCGCUAGCAUGUAGCCAGCUAACGGUACUUUGAUAAAGUAACUUCCGUUAAUUGAGGCACAGUGGAUUAGAAAUAGGCCGCUGCCUCGUGAAAACUGCGAAUAAAUGUACCAGCUGCCGGUAUCACAUAUUUUAUUGUAGAACAGUGGCCUCAGGUAGUUUCUUAAGAGAGGUUUUUUGUGAAGCCUUGCUGCGCUAUCACGGGCUAGUUUGUAAGCUUUGAAGCUCUCGCUAGCCCGUUAGCCUGAUGCUGUCCGCAUCAAACGUUCACACCAUACUUAACUUAAAGACGAUUUAUCCUGCUGUAGUGCUUGACUUUUACACUAUUACAUAUUCAUUUGGCUUCUAUGUUAUAGGUAGUACCUUACACUAGUCAUAAAUAUACUAGCAAAGUUAGAAUAUAACGUAAAUACGGUUUAAUGCUUGAGAGUUAAAGCUGAAAUCACUCCUAACGGCUCUGUAGGAAAGCAUUAGUAAGUAAUUUUAGUGAUCUGAUGAAAGAGGCUUUGGUCAGUCAAGACAUCCCCUGUCUUGUAUAAUAAGAUUAAGUGUUGUAAGGAGUCUUUUGCGACACCCCAAUUGCAGAACUUUUUAUUUAAACACCUGAGGAUUAAUUCAGGAUUCAAAGGUACCUAUAAUGGAGGCUGAAACCGAGGUCAUCAUAUAUAUUUACAGGUCAUGAGAAAAGUCUUUUUAUUUCAGCUUAUCUGGAGCUUCUAUCUUCUGAUGAAUUAUUUUCAGUUUACUCACUUUUUUGCUACAAAAGCCCUGAGCAGACAUGUAGUGACACAUUUUAUGUUCUCAUUUUCUUUCCGUAUAUCAGUUGUUUUCUUGGGAACUUUUUUUUUUAAAUCUUGUAAUCAUGGUAGUAACAAUGCUGGCUUCCUCAUCAAAAAGGAUUUAUUCAUCCCAUUAUUUCAAGACAAUUAAUUGGCACUCUAGCAAACACAAACAAUGCACUAGUCUCUAUGAUGGGCCAGACCCUGUAUAUUCCAUACUUCCAUUUCCCCAUAAUGAGCUAGAAUAAAUUUAUGACUGUCUGUUUUCUGCAGCUUUAUGCUUUUGUAACUAUAGGGAUAAAGGCUAUGAUCAUCCAGUGUCAGGUUAGAAUCUUGAGAAUUCAAUUGAAAUUAACUGGUAAUCUAUUGAAUACCUAUUUUUUAUCUUGUUAUGCCACCAAAUCAUUAGUUAAUUAGUUAUUUUAAAUAAAAACUGUAUUUUUUCCUUAACUCAUCUGUGGCCACAAAUCACAGUAAUUGUUAACUUUUCUUUCACGCAAACCCACACUGCACCUACAGCUUUCCUCUUUUGAUAAACACUAACAUAUUUUAUUGCUUGUAUGUCUAAUUUUUUGACAAGAUUCAUCAACAGCAUGCUUUAAAAGGUUGAACAAAUAACACAAUUUGCAUUAGGAAACGUUCUGUCCAACAUCCUGCCUUCAUAAAAAGUGAUGUGGAUGUGGAAAAGGCUUGUUAAAGAUGCAAAACAAAGGUAGUGCAGAAAGGCACACGCAGAAACCAGCUGCAUUUGAUUUAAGAUUUUUUUUAAAUUUGUCCUGUAAGGAGAUUUGUCUUCACUGACAAUAUGUUACACAUCUUGGAUGACAACAGACACAACAUACACAUUAACAAUGACAACUUAUAUGACAGCACAAUAGGGGACAGACAGAUCAGCAGGGCUAUGGUGUUUGCUAGGGGAGUGAUGGACUUUUUAUUUGGUUCUGUGAGGUUAGGUGUGGGGAGACCAAUGAGUGGAGAGACGGAUGACUCUUAAACUCUUGAAACAGUGUUAUAGAGGCUUGUUUUUAACCUGACAUGUGGAUGUUCUAUCAGUGCAUCAACAGGGGGGUUGUUUCAAAGCUCAACCUGAACAUUUGCAGUGCAUGUGUCAUGCCUGCCAGUUAUCAGACCCAGGAGGUCAGUUACAGCAUGUUUGUGAGUAUAAAAAGCCCUGACACGCUCGUGUAGUGAAGAAAUAUUGAUAAUAAAGGAGUAGAACAAAGUGAAAAGAAAUGAUUGCCGUAAAUAUGAGGCAGAGGGAGACAGAGGUAAGAGCACUGGUAGGCUAAUAGGCUACAGUCAGGUCAUGCAAAAAGCUCAGAGUUAACGUAUCAAUAACUUAACUCAGCCCUGGGAAUGAUCUUGAAAAAGCCAUUUUUCUACAAAGCAUCAACAAGUUAAACAUCAUCUACUCUUUUCAAACUUAUUAAAAAUAUGGAGAGUGAACCCUGUUAUGUACAAAUCUCAUAGUUUUAUGACAGAUUUGUGCAUAAAAAUACACCAAAAUGCAAUCAAUUAUUGUUGAUGCUCAAAGUUCCCUGGAGGUGGCCAGAGUAAAAACUGAAACUGGUCCAUGGGAGGACCUAAAAUAUUAAUUCAGCACUUCAAAGAAUUGAUAAGGUAUCACGUUAUGAAAUAUUACGAUAUUGCAGUGUAUUGGUAUUGUCUUAAAGGCCUAGUACUGAUAAAUACACCUUUUCUUUUCAUUGUAAGACACCAAACUCCCCUUGUUGUUAGUCUCAUUGUGACUGACAAACAGAAUUCAAGUCUACUGUAAAUGAUAAAUGAGCUAUUUUUUUAAAUAUCAAUAUUCAGUAUUGAGUAUUUCAUGCACAUGGUUAGCAAAGUGUAUUUUAAACAGUACAAUUAAACUGGUCUUUGAAGCUACAAAUAAGAAAACCCGAUAGGACACCUGGAGCACCUACUAGAGGGUUUUACAGGUGUAUGACUGUGGAGACCACAAACCAGCAUUGGUGGGAAAAGGUAGAAGGGAUGGGAACGGUGCUUAGUGGUUCGAGCCCUUGAGCCCUCAGAGCGUGUGACUAGGAAUGGGAGCCCCUAUCCCGUCUGUGUUUUCACUGCAUGGUUUUGUCUGUGGGUUAUCUGAAACAUUUUAGGAAUCCCACUCCCAGUUACAUUCGGGGAAAGACCAUUCAAAACAAGAGUGCCGCUGUCUCUGCCAACCUUCAUUUGAUGCUACCUUGCACAUCAUUUCAUAUUGCACCACUUGUUUCCAUUUGAUUUUAAUAUGAUUCUAGAAAACUUGAUUUAAUUCCUAAUUGGUUCACAGUUUUCUUGUCACGCUUAUUUUAAAAUUCAUUUCAAUCUGCUGUGAUUAAUUAAUUUAAUGGUGUUUCAGGAAAAUGUGUUUGAGUUACUGCAGCUUCUUUAUUUGAAAAGUUUUUCACGUGAUUGCAAUAUAAAUAUCCAGAGGCAAAACCAGGACAAAAGGUGACUUAAAGAAGUGAAAUGUAAGAUAUCUACUGAAUUAAAUCAUAAAAUGACCUUUAUAUAUCAUUACACCUUAAGGAAACAUUCUUUAUUGAAAUUCUGGCGUCUCUAAUAACAAUGCAGCAGCCAGCAUGCCCGCCUUUAAAGUUUUGAUUCUGGUCUGUCUUUGUUUUGACCUAAGAAGAUAGACGGUUUUAAAGCACUUACUCGCUUCCAUUUUUGACGCCCCUCAGAUUGCCAGAUAUGAAACCAGAUAUAGGCAAGUGAAGAGGUCAAGAUAUACUGGUAACUUACACCCAACCUGCAAAGCCCCAGUCUUUACAGAGAGCACUUAAUUUGAAUUGUAGGAUCCCUCAAACCAGUGGUUCUCAAGUCCAGUCCUCGAGGUCCACUGUCCUGCAUGUUUUGGAUGUUUCCCUGCUCCAACACACCUGAUUCAAAUGAUCAGCUCGUUAUCAAGCUCUGUAAUGGCUUCAUAACGAGCUAAUCAUUUGAAUCAGGUGUGUUGGAGCAGGGAAACAUCAACAGGGCAGUGGGCCUCGAGGACUGGACUUGAGAACCACUGCCUUAAAUUAUCCAUCUGAGUGGACUGUAAAAGGAACAGCUGAUGUGGUAUAAUCUCUGUUGAGUGUGGUCAUUGUUCUUAAUCAAGUUUAUCCUGAUUUUGAUACAGUAUUCUGUAUUAGAAUACAUGUCAUAUCAUGAGGCUGUAGGAGAUGCCCUAAUGGCAGGGGAUGACUAGUAGUACUGGGGUAACAAUGGAAAUAAGGAACUCCUAGUGUCAGAAAUAAAAAUAAUUCACCAAGAGUUCUAAGGCAACAUUUGUAAGGCCACAUCGAGUCAGUGACUAUACUCUCUAGACAAAGUUAUACAAUAUUUAUCUUGCUCUUAAAUUAGUGAUGAAUCUAUUUUGACAACAGCCACAAGAUUCUAUGAAAAAUCUCUGGAUGUCAAAUAAUAAAAAGCUUGCAGUGCAUCAUAGAAAGGAGGUUUCACAUCUUAUUCCUGUAAACUUCUCCAUGAGGGCGAAUAAUUUACCACCAUAUGCAUCCAAGAAAUCUGGCAAACCAGACUUGGCAUGCACAAUUUAACGACAGUAGGAGCCUUUCAUAAAUGUCAUUCUUGUAUCAGCGUUAAAUAAUUGAAUCUGAAUCUCUUUAUUGUCCCAAAAGGGAAAUCAGCGUUGCAGCAGGAGCACACAAAGUUAGGGUACACAGUGACAAUAUAGUAAGAGUAGUCUAAAAGUCAAACAUGAUAAAAAAAACAACACAAUAAAGGAAACAGCAUACAUGAAAGAUAAAAAAUAAUCAUUCCAGAGCCAAUACCCAAACUGAAAAUAACUGCCUUGAUGAGUGCAAAAAUGUGCUAAAAAUGCAAUAAAUAGUGCAAAGAAAAACAUGGGUAACCUAUGGCCUAAUCGAUAUUUAGUAAAUAAAUUGCACUGGAGAUAAAUGAGAUCUGAAAUCUCUUAGUCCUCCUUGUAGGAGCCCUAAAACGACGGUCCGAGGGUAAAAGCGCGAAUUUGUAGUGCAGUUGGUGGUUAGGACAACCCAGAAUAGCAUUAGCCUUCCUCCUGUCUGUUAUAGAUAAACAUAACCCCGGCCUGCUGACUUCCUGGGAUUUUUUCUGCCGUUUGAACAAGGCUCCCAAGAUGAUUCUUGCUGGACCAGUUCAGGUUCCCAAACCAUGCAGCUAUACAAAGGGUUAAAACAGAUUCAAUAAAACUUCUAUAAAAGAGUCAUCAUCUCAGAAGAAACAUGAAAGGUUCUCAUCUCCUCAAAAAGGACAACCUUUGCAGAACCUCUUUGGAGGUAACAUCAGUGUGAGGUUCGAAAUGUAGUUUAUUAUCUAGGACCACACCCAGAUAUUUAUAGCUCUCCACCAUCUUAACAUCAGCACCCUUGAUAACAGUGGGGGGUGGAAAAGAGGUAGCAUUCCUAAAAUCAAUAAUCACGUCUUUGGUUUUCAACACAUUCAAUUCAAGAGAAGCCUCAUCACACCAAGCUAUAAAAUCAUCUGCUGCAGACGCAUGGUCCUGCUUAUCCCCCUGGAGAACACUAACAAUAACCGGAUCAUCAGCAAACUUUAAUAUGUGUCUGUUAGUGAAGCUGCUACAGCACUUAUUAGUGGACAGAAUAAAGAGGAAGGACAACAAGCAGCAACCCUGAGGAGAGCUAGAGGAAGAGGAGAGCACAAUAGAAAAGACACCGUUAAUUCUUACACACUAUAUAGUUGGGGAAAAUAUAUUGUAGCAUAAUCUUGGCUAAAACAACCAGAUUUAAUGCAAGUACGCUCCUCAAUCAAAAAGACAUUUGAGCCCACAGACUACUCAGCUCAACUCAACUUUAUUUGUAAAGCACUUUAAAACAACCACAGCUGAACAAACAUAAAUACAUAAAUAGACAAAACAACACAGGCAUAAAAACAAUCAAAAAACAAUUAUAACAAUGGAUAAAAGAAAAGCAGAUAUUGAAAAGUAAAAUAUAGUUUCAAUGUUUUUGAAAACUAAUUUAGAAACAUAGAAACAAAUAACUAAAAACAAACCAUGAAACACUAAAACAGGAGCCGACUCUCAUGCAGGGUUGAAAGCCAAUGAAAAAAAAUGGGUUUUAAGACGAGUUUUAAAACAUGGACAGUGUGGGGGCUUGUCUGAUUUGGAGGGGUAGCUCGUUCCAUAAUUUUUACUAUAGACAGUCAAGUAAGUUUUGAUAGUAUUAUGGGGUAAAUAUAUUUGUUCUUUAAUAGUAUUAAUAUUGAACUUGCAAAAGGUUGCCAAAUGUAAGCUAUUUUUCCUUUCAUUGACCAUUUAAGGGGCUUGCUUAUUCUGCCGGUGGUGGCGACCUCAAAUGUGAUGCUGUUUCUUCUGACUCCUGCAAGACGGUUUUCUGUAACCAUGCAAUAAUUUAUACAUCAAUUGUCCAAUAUUUUGAUGACCAUUCCAGUUGUUUAGCCAACUAUAUUUCUGUUCAUGCCAUUGCAUUAGUGUUUUUACAAGCUUUUUUGUUAUCUUAUUCUACAUUUUCCAAUUUGGAAUAUUUCCAAAAUUCCCUAGCUUAACUUCCCAUGGAAAGUCAACAGGAUAUGAUUUUAGAGAUAAUGUUUGGCUACAAAAAGGUUAAAGAAGCUGUAUUGAUCAUUUCUGUUGCUUGUGUAUUUCUAAACUUCCAGUCUUCUUGACUUUAGAUUGGUUCGCAGCUCUGAACGGUAACAACAGUGUCUGCAGUCAGUAAAUAGAAUGAGCAUUAUCAUAUUUUUCUCCAAUAAAAAUGUCUUCAUGCAUUUGUCAUUUACAAAUAAUGAUAAAGAAAGAGUUCACAGGAAUGUAGAUUGGUUCCUGUCUCUGUUCUCCGACUCAUCAGGUGAAUUGAGGCUAUACUCUGAGCUGCACCUCAUUUCAAAGUUAAACUUUUUCACUUUCUUUUAGCUCCUGCCUCAGAUCAGUGCAGUUUUUCAAGCCUAUGGCCUAUUUUCAGCUACAAAGGGUUGCAUCCUCCCCAUCCUCAAAACUGAGUUCAUACGUGUUCAACUCAGCAGGGGGUGGUAACUUUGGCGCUGAGGGUGUUAAUAAAAUUGCUAACCCCACAAGUAAACUUUUAUUUCUGUUUAUUUUUCAAACAGGAGACUCAGCGUUUGCUGCAGGAGCCUGUCCCAGGCAUCAAGGCUGAGCCGGAUGAAAGCAACGCUCGUUACUUUCAUGUAGUCAUUGCCGGACCUCAGGACUCGCCUUUUGAGGGGGGCACAUUUAAACUUGAACUCUUUCUACCAGAGGAAUAUCCAAUGGCAGCUCCUAAAGUACGCUUCAUGACCAAAAUAUAUCAUCCCAAUGUAGACAAGUUGGGAAGGAUAUGUCUAGACAUUUUGAAAGGUAGGUCCUUCACCCAUCACGAUUCUGUCCUGUAAUAAAGUACAUGAUGUCACCUGUGUUGUGGUCCUGUGAGUGAAGUGAGGGAUUUGUCCAUUUCAUUCUGCUUUAUAAAAAUCAAGGGCCUCACAUUGUGCAACUACCUCCCCACAUCACCUCUGACUGCACCUCUUCUUCCUUUGACUCAUUCACUUUUAUUCAUCUCUUAUCUUCCCAGAUAAAUGGUCACCAGCUCUGCAGAUUCGUACGGUGCUGCUGUCAAUCCAAGCAUUACUAAGUGCGCCCAACCCAGAUGAUCCGCUAGCAAAUGACGUGGCAGAGCAAUGGAAGUCUGAUGAAGUCCAAGCCAUAGAAACAGGUGAGAGCAAAGUCUAAACCUUUGUGUUUAGACUUUGAGUGAAUGGAUACACUGGUAUGGACGCCUUUGUUGCUGUCGACGUUAUAUUGCACUUUUGCUGCAGCGCUUUCUCACUCAGUCCACUCAUUGGUGCAUGACAGGGUGGAUUGAUUUAGUGCGAAAAAAACUGAAUCCCUUUAAUGUCGUACAAAUCGACAUGUUGAAUGUAAUCCAAAUGUAGGCUACUUACCUGUAUAUAGUGUUGGUGCAUUUAUUUAGUCUAAAUUCCUGUAUUUUAUCACGUUAUAAUAAUAUACAGUAAAUCACAAAAAGGAAAGAUAUUACAAAAUUAGUUUUCCAAUGUUCAACCUGAAGGCUUUGAUUACGCCAUAUCAUAAUAUUGCUUUUAGGUUGCAGAAAUUCUUCCCAAGUGUAUUUAACUCUUUGUCCCUUUGCAUCAACACACCUCAGCACUGUGGUCACCUGCUUGACCUCGACAGUUGUUUGUGAUGUGAACCAUGCUCAUUUUCUGUCUGUUUCUGUGAACUUUACAGCCAGGACAUGGACCAGGCUUUAUGCUGGACACAAAAAUGAAGUGUAGAACAGCCCAACAAGCGGAGAUACAAGUGGAAGUGAAGUGUGAAAACAACUCCUCAUGUUCUGCCAAGACCUCUUCUGACUUUAUUUGCAUUUAAAGGACACAGUCUUAAAUACAUAAAUACAUAUAUAUUAUGAAAUAAACAUGAAUAUAUUGUAAAGGAAAAAAAAAACAACUGCUGACAAUUGGUGAUUUAAAUGCUCACUAGUAAUGAAAUGAUUCGUCGUUGUCCUAACUCACUACUGUUGAAAUGCAUGGGCAGAGGUUUUAGAUUUUCUCACCUGGCUUUCUUUGUCUAUUAAUUUUUAAAGGCUUUUGCCAACUGCUACCUUCACAAGCACGUUCAGGGGGUGUGUGGGGGUGUGUGUCCUAUGUCCCACAGUACUGUUGGAAAUGUGGGCAUUGAAGCAGUAGAAUGGGAUGGGGUGUUGGCUACGUGUGGUCAAAAUUGUAUACUUUUCUUUUAACUUUGUUUUCUUGUGUCGCUGUAUGUUUAUUAAGUAGCUAACUACUACUAGCCCACUGUACUUAGUCACUUAACCAGGAGGCGGACCAUAAUUUCGUUCUGUGUAGUUGGCCGAGAUGGAUGCAGAUACAACAUAAAGCCUAUUUCCUCUUAUAAUUACACCAGGCUGCAUCAAAUAUAAAUUAUAUGACUGAAAACCAAACUGAGCCUGCCAUUAUCACAUUGACUUGUUCAACCACUCAGUGUAAACUGUAGGCUUGUGGAUGGCGUGAAAGAGUGUUUAGCAGAGGGUGAACAUUGAGGACCUUUUUUUUGUUUAGUUUAGCACAUCUGUUUUAUCACCAUAUCCGGUCUUUUGUAUGUGUAUCUUUCGUGCUGUCGCCAUACUAACUUCUCUGCUUUUUCUGGAUUACUUCUUCCCAUGGCGUUAAUUUCAUAAAGCAGUGGUUCGGUGUGAGCUGUGAGAAGGAGGAGAGUUGAGGGGCCUAUCUCUGAGAUAGGAGAUGCUAGGAUGCUGAGGAAUAAAACUCCAAAUGUUUAAUGAAGGCUUUGACUCACUUGUGAUUGGUCUUUGACUGAAACGUCUGUAUUCAAUUCACUGUUGUAAAAUUCAUUCAUUAUUUUCAAUCUGAGGAGGAAAGGUUUCCUAUUCUCAGAAUGUUAUAAAACAGUCCACCUGCAUACUUUUUAUGUUCUGUAAAUAAAAUCUGUUGAUUAAUAAAGAGCUGCCUGGGUUUACUUCUUGAGAAACGUGUGCUGCUGAUGAUUUAUGUGAUAUGAUUUAAAGGGGGUUGGUUGACUGGUCUGUCAUGUCCCUGUAGUAGAACAAAAAUAAAGAUCCUUAAAAUUUGAGGGAGAAGGAAUGUAUAUACUUAACCCUCUGUUGGGAUCAGCCACUUCUGGGAGCUAUGAAUUCAAUUAAAAUGAGCACCCUGUGAUUGUGAGGAAAGGGAUGUGCACAAAAAGAUGGAGAACUAAAAUCAAGCUGGAAAAAGAUUUUGAUGGUUAGUGAAUCAUUGAAGCUCCAUGUUUAAUUUAGAUUAGAGCUAAAACGUCCAAUGUUAAAGAUGACAAAGAUUUAUUAUAUAUGAAAUAUCUGCUCAGAAGUGUAACAUUGGCAUUCAUUUUGGAAAUCAUGGGCAGUGUUUUCUGACACAUUGAGGAGGCACCAUUGAUGCUUAAAAACACAAUAUACAGGUUUUGAGUUAAAAACGUUUAAAACACAAGAUCUGUUCAGGUAAGAAGAUCUGCUGAGCAGCUGAAGAUUUAUCAAACAGAAAUGGGAUGAUUUAAGUUUCCUCUGCAGAGCUCCACAAAAUGUAUUUUUACUUUUUUGAGUGAGCUUUACCACUAAUAUUGAAAAUGAAUCCAUUUUAAAAAUCCAAUACAUUUUUUCUAAGGUCUGGUGACAGCCUGUGAUGUCUGCACAUGGAAGAUAAUACUCCCACUGAAUCGAACCUGCAAACUGCUUUACCAUUUAACAUCCUGUGACUCAGUUACACUUCACCACUAGAGGGGGAUCCUGAGCUUCAUAACUGUUAUACUCAGCACAUACCUUCACAAGUGAGUCAAAUGCAGUCUGCCAAAACACCAUGGUGACACUCAUCUUACCUUGGAUAGUAUGGCUCACUAAAAAUAGCUCCAGUUUUGAUUCACUUUUUUUCAAUUACAACUACAGUCUGGGACUAGUGGGUCUAUUUUGGAAUCAGUAUAAGAAAGCAGGUUAUCAUUAAGCUUAAAAAAUUAUCAUUUGCUGAAUUCACCCCUGAAGUCUAGUGGACUCUCCCUAUUUUUAAACAUGGAUGUAUGUUCAUAUAUAUGAAGGAAAGUGUUCCAGCCAUUCAGUCAGUAAACGCCUCUCACUGGUGCUUGUUGACUCCAGAGGGUCAGUGUACCUGCUGUUAAGUAACACCACUGAAGGUAUUAGCAGAGGACCACUGUGAAAUGUUUGCUAAUGAAAAAAGAAAGAGCGUUAUUAAUGAUUAAAUUCUUUCCCCUGGUAAGACCCCAUGUUUUUGGCCCCCCUCCCCUGUUUUCUCCCUUCACUCCCCUCUAACAUCUCUCCCUCCUCUUACUCCCAUCUGGCCUGUGUUUCUAUUCCACAAAACCUCUCUAUCUCACUGCCUUCUCCCCUCCAACUACUGUCAAACUCCCCUCUUAACCCUCUUACCCCUCGGUAACUGCCUUGUAUCUUCUCUCUACUCCCCCCAUAAGUUUCAUUUCCCCUCCUCUAGCUUCCUUCAAAUGACCGAGGUAUUAUGUCCACCUUGUUGUUGUUGUUGAUGUUAUUCCCAUCCGCCACCCUCAUGUGCAUCCUUGCUGUGCUUACUAGUUCGGUUUCUACUUUCAAGUACAUUUUGGUAAUUUAAAAAUAUGCUUUAUAUUAACUUUAUAUUAAAGCAUUACCCCUGUUGUGAGACUGUGUAUACCAGUGGUUCUCAACUGGUCUCACUCUGGGACCCACAUUUUUCCAUGGUCCUUAAGUUGCAACCCACUUUUAUUGAAUUCAAACCAAGCAAUUAAAAAAAAAAAACUUUUAAAGACUCUAAUCUUUAACAUAAAUCUACUUGUUUUAUUGAGUAAAGUGCAUUUCAGAGCACAUGAAGGGGACUACAUGAAGACAACUACUGAAUUUGCAUAUACAGAAAAUAUCUAAUAAAUAUCGCAUUAAAUAUUUACUUUUUUUUUACCAAAGUUCAUGACGCAUCCAGAACGUGUCCGCGACCCACUUUUGGGUCGGGACCCACCAGUUGAGAACCACUGAUGUAUACAAUGCUACUUUGAUCCAGUCCAGGUUACUGGCUGACUACCCUAAACAAAAUUUCUGGAACACCAGGUUUCACUUUAUAAAUUCAUAUGAUGGUACAACCUAGACACACUGUCAGUGAUCAGGUGUUUUCAAGUCUUAUCUGAGGGUUUAACUCAGGGGUGUCAAACUCAAGCACAGCAAGGGCCAUAAUGUGGAUUUAGGUCUAACCUGAGGGCCAAACAGGGUCGACAUUUCACCAAAACUGUCAACCUCCUUUUCAAGAAAUAUGCAACACAAAAACAGCAAUGACUAUAAAUCAUUCGGAAAUUCAAAAAAGAAAAAAAAAAAGUUUGAAGGCAGUCUGAGAUAGAAAAUUUUAUUCAAUUUUCAUUUAUCAGUUCAAAAGAUCAGUGCAUGAUAUUAAAAAUAGAAAAAAAUGCUUUUAAAGAGCAAAUACACGAGGAGAAUGUUGAAAUCGGGUAUAAAAGGUCAAAAUAUGACUUAAAAUUGGAACCUAAGGUAUAAAAAUGACACAAGUUCAAAUACUGAGUUGAACCAAAUCAAAGCAUGAAAUGUAAUUGUAAUGUGGAAAUGCAAAAAUGAAAACAUGAAAUAAAACACCAAACAUUUUUUCCCCACA